CCCACCAUGUCUUCCGCUACCGUCCGUCACCCUCCUGCCACCUACGCUGGCGCCCCAUCCCGCCCUCACCCCUACUCCCGCUCCGCCCAACCAUCCUCCCACCACCGUCGCAGCCCUCCGCGCGACGACCGCGACUUUCCCCCCUCGCCACCACGCAGCCACCACGAUGCCGCCUCCCCCCCCUUGCAAAAGGCCUCGGUAGACCAGAGUGACAACUACUGGGAGGACGUGCCCCCCGCACCCGCCAGCCUCAAGUCGAUCCUCGACUCGUUCCGCCGUUCAGGCGAGGGCGACCGUGACCUCCUCAUGGCCAUUCUCCAGGCCAAGAAGAGCGAAGAAGAGCGUCUCACCGCCAUCAUCCAGACCCGCCUCACCAUUCUCCAGGCCCGUCUCAACAUGGCUGCCAUCCAGGCCCAGAUGCCCGGCCCCGUUCCCGCAGACGCAUACCCUCCCGCAUACCCUCCCGCUACCGCCCGCGGCCCCGGCCCCGAGCCCACCUCUGCUCGCCAGGAGCGCACUUCGAGCUUGUCGUCCAGCGUCUCUGCCGCUACCUCGCCCCCCAACGCACCCUACUACUACUCGCACGGCCCGGAGCGCAUCCACCUCCCCCCACCCAUGGGCUACGCCGACCGCGAGCGCCUCCCGCCUAUGCGCGAGCGUGAGCGUGAGCGUGAGCGCGACGUGCGCGAGCGCCGCGAGUCGGACCCAAGGGACCGCCGCGACCGCCCUGCCUCCCCACGGGAACCCGCCGGCGGCCUCGAGAUGCUCCUGGAGGGUGUCCGCGAGGCCGAGCGCAAGGAACGAGUGUAAGCUGUAGAUUGGGUUUAGAUCUUCUCGGUCACUAGUUGUUGUAUCUAUCUACGCAGCCUUGGUUGUAUCGUUUUGCAUGUCACCAGCGUGAUGCUUUGAGCGUUCACAAGCGUGGAGGCUGUGUCACCGU